UGCCGUUACAAUGCUUGAUCGUUGGAAAGUCAACAUAACUGAAGAAAAAUCUGCUCACGACACCCCUAAUGUGCAAUCAAAGUUCAUGCUGAAUUACUUGGGUAUAGGAUGUGAUGCAAAGGUUGCAUAUGAAUUUCAUAUGAACAGGGAAGAAAACCCUGAGAAGUUUAAUAGUCAGUUUGUAAAUAAAUUGCGAUAUGCAAAAGAAGGUGCUAGAGAUAUAAUGGGCAGAACUUGUGCAGAUUUGCCAUGGCAAGUAUGGCUUGAAGUUGAUGGGAAGGACGUAGAGAUCCCCAAGGAUACUGAGGGCUUGAUUGUGCUGAAUAUCGGUAGCUAUAUGGGUGGAGUUGAUCUGUGGCAAAAUGAUUUCGAGCAUGACGAUGACUUCAACGACCAGUCGAUGCAUGACAAAGUACUUGAAGUUGUUAGUGUUUCUGGAGCAUGGCACCUUGGCAAGCUACAGACAGAAAAAAGAAGAGAAAAAGGGCAAGAAAACGUGAUUCCUUGCCCUGCUGUUUUCCUCUUGCCUUCUGCUUCCCUGCUUCUCUUGUUGUACAGCUUUUGGAUGCUGAUUAUGUNACAUGCUUCUAGUCCUUUCCCCGUUCAAAUUGAUGGGGAGCCUUUCAUACAGCAACCGGGUUGUUUAGAAAUAACACAUCAUGAACAGAUGUUCAUGCUGAAGAAGGCGUCAGGGUCCAACGGGCCUAGAGGUCACGCGGCUGCAAUUAUGACAGAGGUUUUGGUGGAUGCUGAAUGUAAAGAUCUCAUAACUGCUGCUCAAAAGAAGGUACUUCUUCAGCAGAUUGCUCUCCAGCUUUCUUGAUUUCCGCCCUUGGUCAAUAUUUUCACUUUCAUAGACUGACCUCAAUCAGCUCAUACAAACACAACCUUUUUCCAUUCCCAUUCCUUCUUUUUUCUAACCAGUAGUUUGUGCUUGAGGGAAAAUUUUGUACACUAAAGAGAAUGAAGAGAUUUUAUACACUAAAGAGAAUGAAAAGAUACUAUAGGAGAUGUGAGUUCCAAAUGCAAAUUUUGAGUAUACGACUGUGGUUUUCUAGUUUCUACCAAUAGGCAAUCUCGUUAACUAUUCACAACAUAAAGAAUUCAUUGUGGUUUUGACAUUUGACAAAGGUAUCUUUUUUCCUCUUUUUAAUUUGUAUUUGUAUGAUGUAUCGUACAAAUGCCUCUUUUACCAGGUACAGUUUUAGAUGGUAUGAUAAAAACCUUGAUGUGAUUUUUUCACAAUAUGACAUACUAUAGCUACUUAUUUAUGAUCAA